GGAGGGGAGUGGCAUUCUCUGCAUUCACCCCCAGUACCCAUGGGGUACUGGCCAUGAGAGAUAAGACCCACGCAUCUGCAGACUGCAGUUACUGCACUGGUAGCUUCGUAUUGGCUGCUGGGAUUUCAUCUUUAUCGUCGCAUUGUAUCUGAAUUGAUCAUGACUCGAGGCAUUAUCCAACCCUGUGCUUUAGUCCCUACCAGAAAAAAAAAAAAAAAAAAUCCGAUUAUUCAGUAUCUAGUUCUUUCUUGUUUCGUCUACGGUCUACCCAUUUUGUUUACUUCGUUUUUUAAUUUUUUUGGGACUUCCCUUUGAAAUUCGUGGAUUGGGUUUCGUCAAUGGAGGAUUACUCUCUUCCUGAAGGCUCCCUCUUCCUUGGAUUCGACAGUUCUACCCAAACUUUUAGACCCACUGAAACACUGAUUGAUCGCUUGCUUUAGAUCCCUGAAAGCUACUAUUUUGGAUUCGAAUCUUAACAUUAUGACUGCUGAGGUUGUUCAUUUCGAUUCUGAGUUGCCCCACUACAAGACCAAGGAUGGAGUUUACAGGGACCCAUCUGGAAACGGAAGGAUUGUGUCCCCUACUUUAAUGUGGGUGGAAGCUCUAGACAUCCUCCUGGAGAAGUUCACAAAAUUGAAAUUGGAUUUCGGAAGGAUUGCUGCUGUUUCCGGUAGUGGACAGCAACAUGGUAGUGUGUACUGGAAGAAUGGCAGUUCCUCCAAGUUGGCUUCUCUGGAUCCCAAGAAGACAUUACUGGAUCAGCUCCAUGAUGCCUUUUCCACAAAGGAAUCGCCGGUUUGGAUGGACAGUAGCACCACUGAGCAGUGCAAGGAGAUAGAGAAAGCUGUUGGAGGUGCAUUGGAGCUGUCUCGACUUACAGGCUCCCGUGCUUAUGAGAGAUAUACUGGUCCACAAAUCCGGAAGAUUUUCGAUACACUACCAGAUGUGUAUAACGAGACGGAGAGGAUAUCCCUCGUUAGCUCCUUCAUGGCAUCUCUUCUGAUCGGGGCUUAUGCGAGUAUUGAUCACACUGAUGGAGCAGGGAUGAACUUGAUGGAUAUCCAAAAGCGUGACUGGUCUCAAAUUGCUUUGGAGGCUACUGCACCGAAUCUAGAAGAAAAGCUUGGGAAACUAGCUCCUGCCCAUGCUGUUGCUGGUUUUAUAGCUCCAUAUUUUGUGGAGAGGUUCCAUUUUAACAAGAACUGCUUGGUUAUUCAGUGGUCUGGGGACAACCCAAACAGCUUGGCAGGUUUGACCCUCAAUACUCCAGGGGAUCUGGCAAUUAGUCUGGGCACAAGUGACACUGUGUUUGGGAUCUCCAGUGAGCCUAACCCAAGUUUAGAAGGACAUGUCUUCCCAAAUCCUGUUGAUACAAAAAGCUAUAUGGUAAUGCUCUGCUAUAAAAAUGGGUCCCUGACUCGUGAAGAUGUACGGAAUCAGUGUGCAGAUCAAUCUUGGGAUUUUUUCAGCAAAUUGUUGGAUGAAACACCUCCUCUAAACGGUGGGAAGCUGGGAUUCUACUAUAAGGAGCAUGAAGCUCUCCCUCCCCUGCCAGUUGGUUUCCACCGUUAUGUUCUUGAGAACUUUGAGGGUGACAGUUUGGCUGGGUUAAAAGAGCAUGAAGUGAGGGAAUUCGAUGCUGCUUCAGAGGUAAGAUCAAUUAUUGAAGGUCAAUUUCUCUCAAUGCGAGCUCACGCAGAAAGGUUUGGGAUGCCAAUUCCUCCAAAACGUAUGAUAGCAACAGGUGGGGCGUCAGCAAACCAGAGCAUUCUUAACUCAAUUGCUUCUAUUUUUGGCUGUGAUGUCUAUACAGUCCAAAGACCAGAUUCUGCUUCCCUUGGUGCUGCUUUGAGGGCAGCCCAUGGUUGGCUGUCCAAUAGCAAGCAGUGUUUUGUACCCAUCUUAUGCCUUUACAAGGAUAAACUGGAGAAAACAUCUCUCAGUUGCAAGCUUUCAAAGACGGCAGGAGAUCCACAACUCUUUUCCAAAUACACCUUGUUUAUGAAGAAGAGAAUGGAAAUUGAGGACAGCCUUGUUCAAAAGUUAGCUCGCUGGUAAAAGCUAGAAGGAAUACCGCAGAACAUAUUGCAAGUUUCAUGGAAAUGAAAUAUUCUUCUUAUACAAUCCUAAUCGGAUAUGUUUUAAUAGAAUGAUUAUAUAGUUCAACCAUUUUGUUUAUACUGAGGUUGGAUUUUUUACAUAAACUCAAAAGGCAGGCAUUUAUGUCAGUUACUUUAUAUUCAUGUCUGGAGGAUGAUUUGCUUUCAGCAGCAAGUUGUUGUAUUUACAUACCAUAAGUCAAAUUGUUAGGCUUAUUCAAUUUUAAAUGGUGUGGUAUUGAAGAGAUGGAAAUUUUUACUCA